AUGCCUUUAUCUCAAGAAAACCGAAUUCAAAUGGCUAUUGCAGCUUAUAAAAAUCAAAAAGUCAAAUCAAUACUGAAGGCUGCAGAGAUUUUUGGGGUGCCUGAGGCUACCCUUCGCGCUCGCCUUAAAGGAAGACAACCACGCGCAGAAACACGUGCUAAUGGCCAUAGAUUAAAGGCUAUUGAAGAGGAAACACUUAUUCAGCGAUUACUAGAGGCAGAUAAACGAGGUUUUCCAAUUCGGCCAGAGUUUCUGCGUUCAAUGGCACAAAUAUUACUCCGUGAGCGUCUACAGGAUCCUACUGCAGUCCUUGGCAUCAACUGGGCUUAUAAAUUUGUCAAGCGCCAUCCUGAGCUGCGUACAAGAUAUAAUCGAAGGAUUACAUACCAGCGUGCAAAGCAGGAGGAUCCAAGAGUUAUAAUACCAUGGUUUCAAGCUGUACAUGCAGCUAUUCAGGAACAUGGCAUACAUGAAGAUGACAUCUGGAAUUUUGAUGAAACUGGCUUUGCAAUGGGGCUCUGCUCAACCUCCAAGGUUAUUACUGCAGCAGAACGCAGUGAAAGGCCUCGUACAGUCAUCCAGGGAAACCGUGAAUGGGUUACAAUCAUUGAGACUGUGAGCUCAAAGGGGAUUCAUAUACCACCAGUGAUUAUCUUGAAAGCAGCAUCUCAACAGGCUGCUUGGUAUCAAGAACCUACACUUUCCAAAGACUGGUGGAUUGCAACUAGCGAGAAUGGCUGGACAACAGAUGAAAUAGGCCUUCGCUGGUUGAAAGAGGUGUUUGAACCAUAUUCCAGACGCUAUACAACUGAGUUUGAUACUUUCUGCAAGGAGAAUGCAAUUGUCUGUCUUUGCAUGCCUGCACAUGCCUCUCAUCUCCUGCAACCACUUGAUGUUGGUGUUUUUGGCCCGCUUAAGCGCGCGUACGGAAAACUGCUUGAAAAGAGAAUGAUUGCUGGCAACAACCAUAUUGACAAGGAAGACUUUCUAUCCCUAUAUCCAUCUGCUCGUGCAGAAGUGUUUACUCCAGACAAUAUAUGCAAAGGCUUUGCAGGAGCUGGACUUAAGCCACUUGAUAAAGAGCGGGUUCUUGCAAAGAUUACCUUUCAGCUUCGUACGCCAACACCACCAGCUUCAGUUGAAAGUUCAGUCUCCUCUGCUUUUCAAACUCCUCAGAAUCCUCACCAGCUGGAUCACAAGGUUCGCAGCUUGCAAAAAAGCCUUAGUGCAAGAAAGCAAAAGCUUUCUAGCAGCCCAAUGUCUCAUAUUCAUCAUCUUGAAAAGGCCGCGCAGAUGGCAAUGAAUAUGAACCUUCUUCUUCGAGAUGAAAUUAGGACUCUACGAGCUGAGACUGAGCGGAAAACUAGAAAGAAGGCAAGAAGGCGUGCUAUUCUAGGUAAUGAUACCCUUUUAUCUGUACAAGAAGGCCAAAAUCGCAUUCAGCAGCUUGAUACGCAGCUUAAUGAGAAGCUUGAUGAGCCUACACCUAUGCCUCAACGGCGAGCUCCACAACGCUGCAGUGGCUGUGGGACUAUUGGACAUACCAUAAGGAAUUGUCCUAAUAAAUAG